UCUCAUUCAUAAAACUUUCUAUUUAAACUUGUCUUAUUUUCAGCAGCUCAGCUUCAAGCUUCCAUUAAUGGCUUCCAACUCUUCUUUCCUUUCGCCAAACUUUUCAGAGCCUGGAGAUUUCGAUGACAUAUACUUUGAGUUUGGUGAUUUUUUCAUCUCUGAUGAAGCUGAGUUCAGCGAAGAUCAGCAGGUGGUUUCUCAGUACCAGCAAAAUUCUCUCUUUCAAGUGAACGAUGGUGGGAAUCUAAGCUGUGUGCAGAAGAACAAUAACAGGCUUAAAAGCACCAGAGUUUCCUUUAAAACAAAAUCAGAUCGUGAUGUUUUGGAUGAUGGCUAUAAGUGGAGGAAGUAUGGAAAGAAAAUGGUGAAGAGCAGCUCAAAUCCAAGGAAUUACUAUCGAUGCUCGAUCGAAGGCUGUAAUGUAAAGAAGAGGAUAGAAAGAAUGGAAGAAGAUCCGAGCUAUGUGAUCACAAGCUAUGAAGGCACCCAUAAUCACCAUCCUCUCAACCAGCUUAGUUGCAGUGAGAUGUAAACCGAUCAUGAUAAUCAAGUGUAUAAAUGGUAUAGUUUAUCAUUUUGAUUAGUCUCUAUUGAAUAUAAACAUGAUUAGUAUGUUCUUAGGCCAUCUCCAACCGAACGGUAUUCUCCGGUUUGCAUGCAGUAGCCGCGACUGUCCAACUGAACGGCAAAUCGAACGCCGUUUUCGAGUUUUGAACAGUGCGACGCCAAAAGAGAAAACACAAAAGGCGUUUCUGC